GGCAUUGAGAAGACGGCGUUGCCCCACGACGUGCGCGGGGCGGCGCGGGACUUCAAGGCGCGGGGGGCGGCGCAGACGAAGAUCGUGGACGUCACCGGGCGCGGGCUCGCGCUCCAGGACCCGGACGGCUACUUGAGCAGGUGGACGUUCCGAGCGCUGCAGGUGGGUUUGCGGCGCGCGGUCGGGCACCGCGACUUCCCGGCCCCUCCGAGCACGAGCGUCGCCCGUUUUGCCGAAGGUUUCCCCGACCAGAGCGACCACCUGGAGACGCGGGGGAACCUCGCGGGGGCCCGCUUGAUCGUUGCAUUGGCGAAGCGCGUGGGAUGCACAGGGUCGCUGUUGUACUUCGCCAUGUGCGCGUGCCUUCUGCUGGACAGGCUGAUCGCGUCGCUUUCGCCUGAGCUCCUUCGGACCGCCGCCUUCGCCGACGCGGCCCGGCGGCAGCGGCGCAUGGGCAGGGGCCGGGGUGGCCGCGACGGCCUGCCGGCGGCCAUUUGUCGCGCGGCCGCGCUGUCGCGCCUGGAGGGCGC